UAUUUCCAGCGGCCUUCAGAACCGAGAACCCGUUCAGAUUCCGCACCCGGCUCACCACUACGGCACCGGAGCCCAUAGUGAGAGAGAGAGAGAGAGAGAGAGAGAGAGAGCCCACCACCACCAUCGCGUGCCCAGCCGCCGCCACUUUCCCCACUUCCCGGCGCCUCCACCAACGCCGCGCGCAGCAAGCAGCCAUGGCGACUCCAACGCCACCACCGAUCCUCCCCCGCCUCCUCCUUCUCGUCCUCCUCGUCACCCUCCACCCACGCGCCACGGCCUCCGCGCCGCUCUCCGCCUCCCCGUUCGACGCGGCGCUGGCCGCGCUCCAGUCGCGGGUGGGCUACGCCUUCCGCGCGCCGUCCCUGCUGCGCCGCGCUAUGACGCACGCCUCCUACUCCCGCGAGAACGGCCGCGCGCUCGCCGUCCUAGGCCUGGCCGCCGCGGAGUCCGCCGCGGCGCUCCGCGCCCUGGCCACCGACCUCGACGCCGCGCCCUCCGCCGUGUCGCGCGCCGCCAGCGAGGCCGCGUCCGGCGCCGCGUGCGCCAGGGCCGGAGCGCACCUGGGGAUCCAGAACGUCGUGCGCGUCGCCGGCCGGACCAGCGCGUCCGCGCCGACCGUCGUCUGCGGCGCGCUCCGGGCGCUCGUCGGCGCCGUCGCCGUCGACGCCAACAGCACCGAUGCCGCAGGGGAGGUGUUCUGGAGGCUGCACGCGCUCACUUCGUCUGCCGCCAUCGCCGCGGUGUGAUGUGUGACAGUGAGAGGCAGGGCUGUUGACCAUCCGACUGAAACUGACCCAGUGCGGUGUGCAGUUCAUUUGCUCGUCAGUGUCCUCCUACUGCUACGGUUCUACCGUGUUUAUGUUCAGUUUAGUGACGCUACUGCUUCUCAGCUCUCUUCUCUUGUGAAUUGUGAUGUUCAACUGCUACUUUGUACUACUAUCUAUGAUCCACUCUACCAGUAGACAGUAGUAUGCUACAUCCAUCCAGGAAUGUCCAUUUGCCUGCAAUAAAAUGUGAUGAAUUAUGGAGCAAUGCAUGGUCUCCUUCCUAGACAGA